AUGUUCGUUGCUCUUCCCAACGAUAUUCUCUACGAAAUUGCAGAACAACUGCGGUAUGUGGAGUCCGAUUCCAAAGAACUGACAAAGGAUGAUUCCGAUGAGGAGCUCUUCCUGAAAUCUGGCUGGACUACAUUCUCCUCCACGCGUUUCUACCUCAGCUCGUUCUCGAAAACCAGCCGGAGAAUUAGGCCUAUUGUCGAAGGAGUCCUCUAUCGGGACAUUCACGUUGACAACCUUGGAUGGAUACCUCCGAGCAGAAGAAGCUGGCAUAAUGACAAGCUGCAGACCCAUCCAGCUGGAAGUCUUUUGCUCCUCAUUCGUACUCUUAUCCGACGGCCAUCCUUGUCAUCCUUUGUGCGUGGUGUUGAUCUACGGUGGUGUGACGGUCAAGACGCGAUUGCCCUUCAAGAACUAUCGGCAUUUCUGCGCAAUUGCCCUAGACUCCUUCGAUUUUCCAUUUCAGAUCUUGAUGAAGAGCUGUUGGGCGUCCUUGAAACUCUAAAGUUGCAAAUAUCAUCGUUUGCCACGUCCUGUUAUUCGUACAAUAUGGAACGUGUUACAUCCUGUUUCCCCCGCCUCCAAACUUUACAGCUCUUUCUCCACGGCCCUCCGAUCCUCUUCACAACUCCCUCAUCGACACAUUCAAUUCGCAGAAUGCGAUUCCAUCUCCAUGUAUCGUUGGAAAAGUUUGAUAGAACUUGUCAGUCUGUAUUAAAGUUGGCAGGACAGUCGGUCGAAGAGCUCUCCAUUGUAAACGGGGUUCACACCAAGGAAUGCCCUACCCUCCCCUUUCUUGCAACCUCGACCUACACCCGUUUGGAAUCGCUAUGCGUGAAGGAGAUAGAUCUAUUCGAAUCAGAAAAACAUCCCUCCAUCUUGACUUCCAUGGUGGCCCUCCGCCAUCUCCAUGUCAUGCGAUGCCGCGUGCUUCCACUAAAAGCCUUUCAAUGUAUUCCUGAAAACAUAUCAUCGAUCACCUUUUCGGUAUAUGGUGCCGGAGAGCCAGACGCUUUCCUUUCUUCCUUGGUACAAUGUAUUCGUCUGGGUAUUGCAUCUUCAAGUUGGCUGCCCAAGGGAAUCAGGGCAGAAGGAUGUCCAUCACAAGACCAUCCGGGAAAUCUCGUACCUCUCAAGGACCUGUGUAUCACUGAGAAUGUCAGAUUUGAAGAGGUUAACUCUGGUUCAGUGACCCGAAAGCUGACGGUUUUGCUUUCUUAA